UUUCUUCCCUGGGGUGGAGACUGGAGAGUCCAGAAUUUCAGAUCAAGAAGGGAAGCAAGCAGCAAAUGUGCUUGGCGUCUGAAGAAAAGGAGUUGGGUCGGCAGCAAGCUUCCGGGGCGUGCCCGUACUGCGGCGGCAAUGUGGAAGCGUUGGAUGUGGAGAGCAAGCGGAUGUUCUGUUUCAUCCCUAUUUGCUUCAUCGUCAAGAGGAAGUAUAUUUGCACUUUAUGUGCCAAGCGUUUGGUUUUGAAUUCAUAGUAUGUCGAACCUCUCCUCUCCUCUCUUUUUUUUUUUUUGGUUUUUGUUUUUGAAGUUAUUUAGUUGAAUAUUAGUUGGGAAAAUCAGAAAAUGUGAACAUUUUAAGGCAUUUUGAAGAAUGCCAUCUAAUCUAUAGUUGUGGUUUUUUUUUUUUUUUUUUUUUUUAUGUUUCUGAAGAAAUUAGUGCAAUCUAG